GCCCCACCGGCCGUCGGUCGUCUCGAGCGCUGCUGAAGAAGACGCUGAAGCACCAGAGGAGCGCGAGAGGACCACGAGCCGGACCCGCUCCCCUUCCACUUCCUCUCCAUCUAGUUUGUGGAGUCGCAGAGACAGCAGAGCCACAGUCCAGCAGCUGCUUUUCAUCAGCAAGGUGAGGAAGAGGAAGAGGAGGAGGAGAGAGGGAGAGGAGAGGAAGAGGAGACAGACAGACAGCAGCAGUAUCUUGGCGCAUUGGAGCUUAUGGAUUAUUGAGAAGUGGAGGCCGAAACGCGGAUCAAAUAUUCAUAAGGACUUUUUGAAGAGGAAAACACAGAGUGGGAUAGUGCAGAGAUUCCCUGCAGUGAUUCACCUGGCCGGUCCAGCGCAACAUGCGCUCUCACUGACCACAGACCAGAGACCCAGCGCUGCUGCUGCUGCUGCUGCUGGAAAAGGAUUCUGCAUCUCGCGUGUGUGUGCAGUGUGUGUGAGUGUCUGACUGAGUGUGUGUGUGUGUUUGGAAAGGAGCCCCCCUGCUGCAGUACUUGUCUGCUGUACUGGUACAGGGAUGCCACCGACUUGCUGACGGACACCCGGUAUCCGCACCCCUCCCCUCCUCCUCCCCUCCCGGACGGACGGACGCACCGACCCCUGCGAUCCCCACUAAUAUGCAAUGGUUUUUUGUGCAGAAGCCGACAGCUGCCGCGUACCGCCGACUUCACGCUAGCGCCGCCGCAUGCCUGUCCGCCGCUGCUGCUCCUCUCCCCGCGCCGCGCGGCAGACGACGCCAUUUGAAGAGGAGCGCUCGGGGGCUUUCCACGCCGCGGCGGCCGGGCGGCAGCAGCAGCGACCUAUCCUCCGCCGCUGAGGACCACCGGCCGCUGGGGCAGCCGGAGGCGGAGACCGCGGAGAAAAGCGCCGCAGCGGUUGCUCUUUUCCUGCCGCACGAGGACGACGUCGACGCGGAAUACGUGCGGCUGCUGGUCUCUGGGCUCGUGGAGGAACCGGGCGAGAAACCGGGCGACGAGCCGGGCUUCCUGCUCUUAUUCUUGUCUAUGGUGCAGAUUGGGGGGCCGAAGCACCGCCGAACUGAGCCCAACAGCUGGCCGGCUCUGCUGGCAUGCAAACAGGGGGGCGGAUCAGCCCCCAUGCGGUGGGUGAAUUUUAGGCUGCCGCAUCCGGAGCGCCUCGCGUCCCCCACCUCCUCUUCCUCCACCUCUUCCUCCUCCUCCCCCGUCUCGGCCAAAUCCAUGCGGUUUAUUUGGAACAACAUUUUCAGCAAAGGAUCGCAUAUGCUGCAGUGUCUUUGUGGCAGGAGCCUCAAGAAAAACAAGAACCCAACUGAACCACAGCUGAAGGGCAUAGUGACCAGGUUGUUCUGCAGGCAGGGCUUCUAUCUCCAGAUGGGCCAGGAUGGAAGUCUGGACGGGACCAAAGACGACAGCACCAACUCCUCUCUGUUUAACUUAAUUCCUGUGGGUCUGAGAGUCGUGGCCAUCCAAUCAGUCAAGACUGGCCUCUACAUCGCCAUGAACGGGGAGGGUCACCUCUACUCAUCGGAACUGUUUACAGCCGAGUGUAAGUUUAAGGAGUCGGUGUUCGAGAACUACUAUGUGAUCUACAGCUCUAUGCUCUACAGACAGAAGGAGUCGGGCCGGGCCUGGUUUCUGGGCCUCAAUAAAGAGGGACAGGCCAUGAAGGGCAACAGGGUCAAAAAGACCAAACCAGCUGCACACUUCCUGCCUAAACCUAUAGAAGUUGCGAUGUACCGAGAGCCUUCAUUGCACGACGUAGGGGAGGCGGUGCCUAAACUCGCCGGGGGCCCGCCUUCCAAAAGCACAACCAGCGAACCGGUGGUCAUGAAUGGCGGCAAACCAGUCAACAAACCCAACAAAGAGGAGACAUAACCCAGCCCCCCGUUUAACUCUCCCCUGGCCAACCGGAGGCCAGGAAAAGCCAGAGACUCGCCCCGCUGCUGUGCUCUCACAAAACUAAACUGCAACAAAAGGUAACCAAACAAACAACAGCUCAAGUUCUGACUGGUCAUCAGUGGGGCCACACGUCCCGCCUCAGCUCUUCCCCUGUUGGACAGAUCCGAUGUUGUGGGGAAGAGCACUGCGGCUGGUGGCGGGGGGGAAGAGGAGGAUGAAGACCAUAAAGUCAGGCCAAUGCCAGACGGAUAUUUUGGAACUGGGACAGCCCUCAUGUGGGACACAAAAUGACUUCUUAAAGUAUAAACAAAACAAAGAAAAAACGGAAAAAAAUGUCGUCUUCACCGGUAUUUUUCUGUGACAAUCUGUAAGAAUGAGGCCCCUUUUUUUCCUCUCCUGAUAGUACUGUUUUCUGUUGCCAGGUAUGCUUGCUUGCUGGUGGCUACACACACACACACACACACACACACACGCACACGCACACAACUCCUACCCAAAAUCGACCACUUGGAUUCGAUCUUUGAGUAAAUAAAGAACAGAUUAAAGCAAACAUCGGGCAAAGAGAAUGCUUUAAAUACCAAACACUGAUGAUUAAGAGGAUGCUUAGUCAUCGAUCAAUUAAGAUUUGGCACAAGACCUUCUCUACUAAACUUAUAAUGAAAUGUACUUGAAAAUGACCCUCUGCAUUAUAUACAAGGCAACCCAUCGUAUGACACGUCCCUGAUUUUAAUCACAUACGAUAUAGCUGUUAAAAAGAGAGAGUUCUUAUUUGACACCACAUAGCUUAAAGCAUGUUUGUCUUUUCAGUAUGCCUUUGUUAUCUUUUUGUUGGAUGGUUUAUUACUGUAUUCUGCAUACACAGAGCACUAGUGAUUAUCGAGCUAUGUUGUUGUACAGACACAAAAGAGAUUUUAGUGUCUACCUCUCUGUCUUUUUUUUUUCUGUCCCCUUUUGAAUUCCAUAACGUCACUGACACAAGUGUAGCUCAGGAGAGGAGGAGAACAGCUGACGUGUCAAAUAAGGAGUUUUGGUAUCAAGUUGCUCAAAUUAGUGCGUAGCUGAAGCCAGAACGAUUUCCACAAAUUCCCUGUUUGUAGCAACACGGAGUGCACAGGAGGCAUGCUGGCGUCCAAACAGCAUGGUAGCAGUCAGUGUUUACAUGGAGUAGCAGAAAUUGCAGAGGGUCAAACCUCAAGAACGGUCAGUAGUAUUUUUCCUUUCUGUUGCCUUCCCAAGUACUUGAAGUUAAAGGUAGGAAUGAGGGUAAAAAUGAACAGGGUAAAUGAUGUUAAAGCCACUUUGUGUUGAACUUAACUGCCCAGUGGUUCUUUCAAAAAAGACACUUAGGUAGACAGCAAUACACGCCACUACCCUCCCCUAAUGCAACCUGCACCUGAAGAUCAGAGGUCUUCACAUGUCCUAAUCUUCAAAGUUAUUACAGCUCUCAAAUAAAUAUUAAUUUUAGAGGAGUGCAAUUUUAAAGUAGCAUAUAUACACAGUAUGUGGAUACUUUGCACGAGUGGAUGCAGAUCUGUGUGUCACUGGCUACAUUCAGACUACAGGCAAAUCAAAUUUUUAAGACAGAUUGUCCGCACUGUUAUUUGCAAGUGAUCAGAUUAGACUUGUGUGUAAAGACAGCACCAACCUAUCUGCAUGGGUUGCUGUGUUAACAACAUCUGUAACGACGUGGCUAUGCUGAUGACGCAGCUUUCCAACGCAGAAGCAUAAGAAAUGGAAAAUGUCCCCAACUAAGAAUUUACAAAGUCGAAUCUGAUUCAUCAAGUGUUGCCGAUCAUUGACUCAUUGUCAAAUCAUGUUUUGUUUUCUUUUGCUAAAUGAUUCAUGUUCUUAAUUUUGAAAUAGAACUUGUUUUAUAAUUGUACGUCUUCCAUUCAGCCCUGUAUAUUGUGUGUACGGGAUGAGUGUGUACAUGUGGCGCUGUCCACAGUAAAAAGAGCGAACAUAAGAGAUCGAUAGACAGACAGAACACGUCACUUAGUUUGUAUUCUGCUUGCCGUCUGUGGCUGUAAACAGAACUUUGAGACAGAAAGAUGCAAGCCACUGAUUCUAUUGUGACAGAACCAUUGAGAAGUCUAAAAAAUAUUUAGCGCUACCAAAACAAGCUAUGAUUUAUAGGGAGAAACCAAACAAUUCUAUGUAAAAAUCAGACAGUCAGCACCACCGUGAGCUGAAUGGCAUGAUGCUUUGUUUCUUAACCACAUUUUCCCGCAACUGUGACGAUUCCACUAUGAGAUUAGCAGUCGAAUCAGGCUCCUUAGAUCAAAUCGUCAAGUCGUUGACUAUCCAGCGUCGCCCCUGAUGGAGGUCGACCAUUUUGACCACCAAACAAUCACACUGUGAAGUCGUGGUGCAGAACUCCUCUGUUGUACCACACAGACUCGUCCAUAGUGCUCAUCUAGAAGCAGAAUGGAUCCUGCUCAGCACUUCUGUCCCUCUGGAUUUGACGUCAUCAUUGUGUGACGCAUUGCCAGUGAUGCAAAAGAUACUUUGAAAUCCGAUAUGAGCGUCCAGGCUGAGAAAUUGCAUUUCAGAUCACCUCCAAAUGUGUUUUUUUGCUGUCCACACACUCUAAAAUCAAUCUGAUUACAAUCUGGAUAUAAUGAAAAAUGGAUUUGGAAUUGCAGUCUGAACAAGGCCAGUAUGUCUGCGUGGAUCAGAGCUGAUCUGAUCAUAUGCAUUUUAAUUUCAGGAGGAAAUAUAGUUUUUUGACAAGACAGAGGGUGUGAACUUCACAUUGUGGCUCUAAAUUAGCCUGCACAGCGUCCUAUACCAGCAGGUUACAUUACUAAAACAGUAUUAGAAAUGUGGUUUGUAUAACCACCAAAAACAAACAGCACACACUGAUUGCAGUUUCAAAUCCCACCACCGAAAUGCAGCUCUGAGUGAAAUGUUUCGAACUACAGGGCAGAAAAUCAAAUGCCUUGAAAUGAAAUUAAACCAAAUAGAUUCCCAUGCUUUGCCCUCUCACUGUGACAGUCAACAUGGCACCAAUCUGUUCUGGACUUGAAUCCCGUUCGACACCCAGGCUCUCUGUUUACUCGUCUUUCUAAGACAGCAAGACUAGACGCCAAUUAACUCUUCAGAAAGUUACACCAGUAGUCCGUCAUAUCCCUGAGGAGACGUUAAUACUGUGAUCCCACACUUCAUAUUAGUGUCAGCGACAAUGAGGCACAGAUAAAUGAAUAUAUUCAGUAAGAAACACAAACUGUGCGUCUCUCUCGCUUUGAAUCCUGAUUUUUAAGCAAAGUAACCACUUUGCAUUUUAAUCAGAUCCUUGAAACACUGUCAUAUUUGCUGAAGAUGAAUGACCUCCACUGACGUUCCCAAAACUACAAAGAGACAAGACAAAGCGGCCGCCCUAGACACAAAACCACAAGGCUAUAUGAUUAAUCCUCACAGUUGUUACGACAUUAAACGAGCUACCCCCAGCCUCAGCAACAGGUGUGUGUCUGUGCAGCAGGUCAAACACUGCAGCUGUUGCACACAAGCCAAGCCUCUCCGACAUGUUUCAUGUUGUCACGCUGUGUUGUACUGUACAGAGGAUACACUCGGCUGCUGAAGAGACUGUGAAAAUACAAGACAGCUCACAGUGUUUCUAAUUGGCAUUUCUCAGAUUUGUUCCUCACAUUCACCACAUUUUUCUCUCCUCUGAUUCUCAUUAGCUGUUACUUGCCUUCAAAUAUGUGUGGCUGAGCAGCUCACAUUGCGUAAACAUAUCUAGUCUCACAUCCAUAGCUACUGUUUGAUAUAAAGGUAUUUUAUAAAAGCCAGAUGUAAGUGAAAUAUGUGUGAAAUAAAAGAAAGAUCAGAGUUUCUGUGUACCCUGGAAAUCUGCAAGUGCACGUGACAUGUAUCUCAUGACAAUGUUUGCUGGUUGUAGAUUCUGGCUAUAUGAGUGCCUCUUAUCCCCAGCCAAGCUCGAGAUGUGAGAUCCAGGGUGGCUGCAGAUUUAUGCUAAACACUCGGCCGUCCUGGGCUCCAGCAGGGUUUAUCCAAGAUUUCCAAAUUCUCAAAGUCGCUCGACUCCAGCUCUGUUGAAGUGGGAUGACGGUAAUGUGGAAGAAGUCUUUUAACCGGUAUUGUGCUUGUGUCACGUCAAAGAAAUGUGGAUGUAAUGUUGUGUCACAGUAGGGGUUACUACGUAAAAAAAAAAAAAAAAAAAAAAAACCCUGACAAUCAGGUCUGUAAACUUUUAUUUUUGAAUGUGUCCUGUGUUGUCUCCGCUGCUUGUGUCUAAGAAGCCACUUUAAUUACAGCAUAGAGUAUGAUGUUUUUGUACUUGCCUGAGCAAACGUUAAGAGAUACAAUCCAGGACAGCAACUGCUUUCCACUGAACGAUUAUCAAGCAGCUAAUUUGUCUGCACUGCUGGCAGAGGAAAAAGAUCGACUUAGCAAAAGAACCAAAUCUUCCUCCGUUCAAAGAGGCCCAGCUUGUUAGGUUAGAAGUAGGGUCCACGUCGUGUGAAAGCAGCUAUUGAAGAUCUGUGGCACAUGCUCAAGAAUUAAUGAUAGCUGAGGCCAGAGAAAAAGGGGCCUGGUUUCCUGGCUGCUGACCAAAGACACUGCUACAAUAGUGUUUCCAGACUGGUAAUCACAGUUCCUGGUUCAAACAACGACGGCGCAAUUACUGUCAGUGUCUCCUGAGAGAUUUCUCUCCACUGGUGGUUCGCCAGGUACCAAGGCUACAAUUAUGAGAUAUCUAACAGCGAGCUCUGCACAGGAAAGAGAGCAGCUGAUUUAAUUAGAAGUGAGCAAUCAUGACAACCCAGGUCACUUUUAAUUUCCACAUAUAAGUACCACUCGUGUUCUCAUGGCAGGUAAACAUGUAGCCAUCUUACUUUGUCCUGCAUGAACUGUAGCUCUGAAAUCAGAAAAUGGACACGAGACAUAAUGGGACAAAAAGGCUUGUGUGACCCGACCACUGCAGUACAGGUGCACUUUAGAGACACAGGGACAUGUAAUGGUUCGCACUGUACUCAUGAUGUAGCUGGUCUCCCUCAGGUUUUCUUUUCUUUUUCCUUUUUUCUCCAUUCCACUUUAUUCCUCUGACAAAAGACUGCCUUAUUACAUCUGAAUCCGAAACGAGACAGUAAACGCACUCUCCUGUUGUUGUUUUUUCUCAACAUUCAUCCCACACAAACACACAAAGCAGACACACACUCUUCAUCUUAUUUUACGUUUCAAUUAUCCUUUGAUCCCCAAUCUUCUGUUCACUGUAACUAUGCUAGCUUUUGCUCUCUGCUCGUUUUGUAAUCACGCAGCCAGAGAACUUCUUCCCACCUCCUCUUUUCUCCUCCUCUCUCUGUUCGGACUGUUUCCCACUUGUUGCAUGUUUUUUAAAAGAGGAAAGAUGACUGGGGCUAAUGCAUGUGGUAAUUUAGGAAAUGUGUUAUCAUAAACAAAACAAACAUUUACAGUGUAGCACCAGUGAAACUUUGCAUCUUGCUCGUUGGUUUGCUGCAGCCACUUUUGAUGUUUGUGUAAUUUUUACAUUUUCCUGUGGCAUCGGAAACAACUCACAGAGACACAUUGUUUCCAAGCACAAUCCAUCACUGCAUUACUGGAGCAAAGGAAGAAUGAAUCAAAAUUACUUCAUAUCGCUAACAUUGUUACACUAAUGCAUGCCUUGCGUGGAAUACUUUCAGCAGAGCAUCAAUAUUUAAUUCUGGAGGCUAAGAGCAGGAAAAUUAUAAAAAACAGUAAGUAAUUGUUUGAUUUCCUUUGCUGCUUCAUUUAACAAUGCUGGAUUGUGCUCAGGGAGUUAUUUUAGAUGCUGGUAGAUGUAGAAAUAGAUGCCCUGAUUAAGGACCAUCACACAACAUAUAGUAUUACGUAUUGUGACUUUUAAGGUGGGCAAAAAUGGUGUUACGCAGCUGUAAACUAACGAGAGAUGGUUUAGGUUUUCCUCCUCAAUCAGUGCUGCCACUGGUGGUCACAUGCUGUAUUACAGCAACACAGAAUUGAUUUAACAUGGUUUGUAUUGACGUCAAUGAAAAAAAACAUAACCCAAUGCUGUUUUUUCCCACCUUCUAAUCAUAAAGGAGAUUGUGUACCGUCGAGUGAGUCUGGGUUUUCAACAUUCUCCCUGUACCCAAUGUCAAGAGGAACUGUGUGACCUAAACGUCCAGGUUAUAUCACUGAUAUGUAGUGUCAUAGUCCUGGAUCAGGGGUUAAUGGAAACUAGUGCACACGUAUAAUUACAUGUUCAGUUUCAAAGUGAGACUGUGAUUAACUGCAGGAUGGAGAACACAUUGAAUAAAGCCGUAGAUUCACAACCUUCUGUGUCUGGCUAAUGCAAACCAUGCUAUGAGCCAGAUGCAAUGUCCCAGGUGUUUACCUUAAAGGAGAUUACUCUGUCUGUCAGUAAAUGUACAGUUACCUUUACAUACAUAUUAUGCAAACAGUUUGUCUGCACUGUACAGUUUGUGUCCAAUCCAUUGUAUACACACAGAAAACAAUAUUGAAUAAAGGAUUUAUAG